CGGGCGCAGAAGCGGUCCGUCGUCUGGCGCGGCCGGUGGGAAGGCUGAGCAAGUUGCGUGCGGUUCCGGGUCGCUCCGAGUAGGAUGAUUCUCCGGCGGCUGCUGGCUGCCCUGCUGCACAACCCGCAGCUGGUGGAGCGGCUGUCGGAGUCGCGGCCCAUCAGGCGCGCGGCGCAGCUCACCGCUUUCGCGCUCCUCCAGGCGCAGAUGCGCGGACAGGACGCGGCCCGUCGCCUGCGGGCCCUUGCGGCAGGACCCGUGGGGGACCUGGGCCGCCGCGCCGCUCGAUUCCGAGACACCUUUGUCCGGGAGCUUCGCCGCGGACUUCGCGACCGCCCGGGGCCUCCAGGAAGUCAGAGGGGUCCGGGCGCGAACUCUUAGACCGGCCUGGGCCCGCGCUUUCUCUUCCGUGCUGGACACUGACCUCGGCAUUGAGAAGUCGUGACAGGAUUGCCGCCGGCUGACGUCCUCAUCGGGCCGAGGGCACAACGGACGACCCCGAAGAAGCCCCUGCCAGACACCCAAACGCUGCACGGCCUGUGACCUACCCGGAAAGAGCCUGCCUAGUGCAGAUGGGACUCAACGCUUUAUAGAGGCUGCUACGUCUGCACCGGGACACAGGAUACCGACUGCAGGGAAGAAGGACGGAAAGGCUCUCUGCCAUUCUCUGAUUAAAUGAACUGAGUCAUGGG